AUGUUCCCCUGCGGCCAGGCUGGCAGCCUCGUGCUGGUUUUCUUGCUGGGUUGGUCCACGUGCAUUCAGGGACAGCGACUGUACCGCUUGACCGAAGAACAUGUCGAGACAGACGCGCUGCUCAACCUUCCUGCCGAUGCGUUGAGGUAUCAACCCAACAGAACCAGCGCUGGAUGCGGUCUGAGGCUGGAGUCUAACGCGGGUGUGGAGAAGGGGUUCGUUGUGUCGGGUUGGCACGAGGGAGACUUCAUGGUCGAGCUCGCUUUCUGCGAUUACAGCAUUCUACAGCCACAUGCUUAUCAGGCAAUCCUGGGCAUUGUCCUGGUCCAAGACAAUACCGACAUCUCAUCUGUCAAGUCUGGGCUGUUCAUGAAGACGCACAGCGAUCUUGAUUACACGUGGGUUGAGCUCAACAACGGGACGUUGGUGAAGGGGAGCUCUCUGUCGCCGCGACUGCAGUCAGGCAUGCUGCGGGUGCAGAGGAGGAGGAACGUUCUCCGUGGGUUCUUGUGGCACCCUGGGGACUUGAAGUGGUCAGAGCUGACGUACAACAGUCAAGGGGUGAAGGAUUUCUACUUUCCUGGUCGAGUCAAAGUCGGAGUGAAGGUGCUGAGGAACUACGUCAGCGCCUACUCCGUCUCGCUCAGUGGGUUGUACAUACUGGCAGACGGCGACGGCGAUGGGUUGGGAGACGAGACUGAGCUGCUGGUCGGAUCCGACGAGUCCCAAGUCGAUACAGACCAGGAUGCUGUGACUGACUGGAAUGAUCUACAACCCAAGGUGAAGAACAAGUAUGCUCCCCCGGACACAUCACAGAUGUUGUGCUGCGACCCCUUGAUGAUAUCCCUUCACUGCAGCAGCGACAAGACGUCCACCAUUGCCACGGUGGACAACCCUACAAACUCCUUCAUCACGCUGAGUGGAGGUCUGAGCGAGAAGAUCGUUUGGAGGAACUUGUCGAUCAUCACUGCGUCUUGGCUUCCUCCUUCACGUCCCUGGUCACUGGAGACGAUCUCGCCUCUAGAGAGCACGGUGAUUGUCAUCUCCGACCCUCCUCCCGUCAUCGUCGCUCCUGCUCUCUUGCGGGGCUUCAUCGUUGAGUCGGCAGAGGAGAAGCUUCAGCUGAGCUUGACGUCAGCAGCUGUAGACAGCUGCUCCGACGUGGAGCAGGUCUGUUGGAGGUUCGACCCUCCAGCCAACAUCUCUGUGGAUCACAAGGAGGAUGACGAGGAGGUAGUCUUGUCCUUCCCGUCCUCAGCAUGCGGAUCGUUUCCUAUCGCCGUCAAUGUCAACUCAACCUUGCAGCACAGGUCGUUCUUGAUGCCCUUGACCUUGUUCCGUCGAUCUUCGUCGCUCCUCACCAACGGUGCUUUGGAAGCCAGAGCCGAUGGCGGGGACGGCUACAUGCAGUCUCCUCCUGGUUGGAAGUUCUGGCAGUGGGAGGGAGUGUAUGCUAUCGAGCACACGAGACGAGCAGCGUUCACUGGCAAUUCUUCCUUCAUGAUCGAUGGGAAGGCGGCUGGGAAGGCAGGAAUCUUUCAGGUCGUGGAGCUGGCGGGAGGAGGCGUCUACGAGCUGACCUGUAUGGUGGCAUCUCAGAACCUUAAGGGGAACGACUGGGGGGCUACGGCAGAGCUGCUGGUGGUGCAGCAGGAUGGGAAAUUGUACUCUCGGAGCAAAUUUAUGCCGCAAAACUCAGGGUGGAGGAAAGUUUCCUUGCUGUUUGACGUGCCUUCGGCUCAGACUUUGACCGUCUACCUGCGCUCCUUCGGGACGGGGAUCGUGCUGUAUGACGACGUGCGGCUAGAGCUGCUGAGCUGCUACCCCAACAUCUCAUCCGAGCAGUUCGUUGUAGAGGAGGAGUUGAAGGAUGUGAAUAUGGUCUUCUACACCGACGUCCAGUCUCUUGUUCUCUGCGGGUUCUGCAACCAGUCAAGUACCGCGCUGCUGGGUAGCAGCGCCGCAUUUGACAGCUCGGAGAUCUGCCGAGUCUGCAAUGAGCUGGGCUGGCAGCAGGGAAAGAACACAUCCGACGUCAAGGUCGAGCCCAGGACCCUCUGUAACUUCGAGCAAGGACGGCCGCUGCCCUUCUAUUCCUCCUCAAGCUGGAGCUUCGUUACUGACAGGGCGAUCGAAGGCAACCAGAGCGCUAGGGUCCUUGCUGGGAGGUACAUCGCGUCCAACACCGAGCUCGGGAGCGACUGGAGCCAGUACGGGUACCUGACCUUCUCUGUAAGGAACCCCUCCUCCUCUCCCCAGCCUGUCUAUGUAGAGAUCAGGGACAUCUAUAGCAAGGACUACUGGAGCAGGGUGAACUGGUACACCUCAGCACCUGCUGGAUCAGGACGGAUCAUCAUGCCCCUUGUCAUCUUCGUGGGAGAGAAGAGCGUUCAUCAGGUCAGGAGGCAACUCGAUCUCCGCUACAUUACUCGCCUAGUCAUACAGGCAGCCGGAACCUCCUCCCUUGACAUCGACUCCAUCACUCUCCUCCCCGAGCCUCCUUACCAGCAGCUCUUCAGCAGACUCGUCCUCCUCGACCUCCAGCCCAUCACUGGCCCUCUCUUCACCGGCUUCGUCCCCCUGACGCAGGACGACUGGUACUCGGAAGCUCGAGGGUACGGGAUCUCCCUGGGGUCGAGGGUGUGGAGGAGCGAGGACAGGAGGCACCCUGACAACUUGCUGCGAGACUGGAUAUCCUUCGAGCAAGGGGGAGUAAGCCUGAUGCUUCCUCCUGCCAAGUAUCAUGUGUGGAUUAUGAUGGAGGAUGCGGGAUACUGGGAGUACUUCCCCAACUACCAGGACAGGAGGGUGUGGAUAGAAGGAGAGCUCGUGUACCAGGAUGGGGAGGACGCAACCGUCUUCUGGAGCCGCUACUACCGGCAUGAGGAAGAAGAGGAUCUGCCAGGGGACGAUGUGUGGUACAAGUACGUGAGAAAGUCUAGGUUUGUUCCCCUCCGCUUCAACGUGACGUGUACGGACGGUCAGAUGGACAUUCAGUUCGCUGGGUCGACGUAUGCGUGUACUGUAUCGGCCAUCAUUGUGUUUCCUGUAGAGGAAUAUGAGAAGGGAGAAACCUUCCUUGCUGAGCUCUGGGAAAAGCUCAAGUUUCAAUUCUAUGUGGAAUACCAGGAGCAGAUCAGUGCUGUAGGACAAGGGUCCGACAAGUUGCCGGUGAUGAUGAUGAUGAUGGAAGGGGUGAUUAUGGAGAUGGAGAUGGAGAUGGAGAUGACAACGAUGAUGGUGCUGGUGGUGAUUGUGGUGCUGGUGGUGAUUGCGGUGGUGGUGGUUGUGGUGGUGGUGGUGGUGAUGACGAUGAUGAGGAUGACGAUGAUUACGAUGUUGGAAUUUUCAUCCCCCUUCCUCGUCUUUCAUCGUCGUUUCAACGCCUUGCUAGGAGCCUUUGAGCCGCCGCUGCCGUCGGAAGUUCUCUCAGAGCAGGAGGCGAUCAACGUGUCGGUGUCAGCUGCAGGAGAAAUUUCUCAUGCUUCCUUCUGCUUGCACGCGCUGCAACAGGCUUCUGUAUCCUCCUACUCCUUGCAAGGUUUCGAGGGGCUCGACCUUGAGGUCUCGUGGGUUCGUUUCAAGCUGAAGAGGAGGACGAUGGACGGGUCCAUCUACGCGUUUGAACCCCUCCUCCUCGACCCCUUCCGUGAGCUUCGCUUCCCGCAAGGGAUGAGCAGGAGGCUAUGGAUACAGAUUUCUCCUUCGGCAGGAGGAGGAGGACAAGGAGGAAGAGGAGGCUGUUCAGUGAGGGAGGUCAGGGGUAGCGUCCUCCUCCUCCUGUCCAACUCUGCUCAGCUCAAAGUCGAUGUUGUCGUCCGCGUUCUCCCGUUCUCCCUCCCAUGGGUCGACGACCUUCUCCUCGGUUGGCUGGGAACGGCCGUGACGUAUCCUCUUGCUCCGUACCCGGAGGUGCGAGUGAAGCAGAAGAGGGAGAUGAACGAGUCGAUCGAGCUGCUGCGGAGCUACGGAGGCACAGGAGCGACGGGGGGCGUAGGAGGGCCGAAGUUGGUGGAGGUGACGGCGGGAGGAGGCGUCGUGAUGCAGUUUGAGGACGCAGACAUGAGCAUGGCGGCUAUCAGAGCGAGCUUCGGCAAGAAGGAAGUCAACUCGUAUGCUGGUCUUGCUGUCCAAGGAGUGAACAUGUAUGCGCCGACGAUGUGGAUGGACGCGAAGGGGAGGACGUACGAGGAUGUUGUAUCAGAGGUGGUGCAGCAGAUUGAAGAGCAUGCGAGUGAGCGCGACUGGCCGGGGCUGACGCUGAACGUGGGGACGAGCCGUCGGGAUCGGCGAUAG